AUGGCAUCUCGAAUUUUGACUGCUGCGCUGUGGGCGCUGAGCCUUAGUCAAACGGCUCACGCGAACCCAUUGAUCAACUUGGCCCCUCGUGCCACUUCCAGUCUUGAUACCUGGCUUGCAUCUGAGACCACCGUCGCAAGAACUGGGAUCCUGGACAAUAUUGGCUCUUCGGGCGCGUAUGCAGCGAGCGCAAAGUCUGGUAUUGUGAUCGCCAGUCCAUCCACAGACUCUCCCGACUAUUAUUAUACAUGGACGAGAGACUCAGCACUCGUGUUCAAGACACUUACCGAUCUGUUCCGCAACGGCGAUACCAGCCUCUUGAGCACGAUUGAAGCUUAUGCAACAAGUCAGUCAAUCAUUCAGGGUAUUACGAACCCUUCAGGAAGUCUUACCUCGAACGGCCUGGGGUUGGGAGAGCCCAAGUUCAAUGUAGACGAGACUGAGUUCACUAGCAGUUGGGGUCGACCCCAAAGAGAUGGACCGGCAUUACGAGCCAUCACUCUGAUCGAUUUCGGUCAAUGGUUAGUCAAUAACGGCUAUGAAUCCACAGCGGCAAGCAUUAUUUGGCCAAUUGUUCGUAAUGACUUGAGCUAUGUUGCCCAGUACUGGAAUCAGACUGGCUAUGAUCUAUGGGAAGAGGUCGAUGGCUCCUCAUUUUUCACUAUUGCUGUCCAACACCGUGCCCUUGUUCAAGGAAGCGCCUUUGCUACCUCCGUCGGCUCCUCGUGUUCCUAUUGCGACUCCCAAGCUCCCCAAAUCCUAUGCUACCUCCAAUCCUUCUGGACGGGAUCAUACAUUCUAGCGAACUUCGACAGCAGCCGCACAGGAAAGGAUUCCAAUACCCUCCUGGGCAGCAUCCAUACGUUUGACCCAGAGGCGGGCUGCGAUGAUACAACCUUCCAACCAUGCUCACCCCGUGCCUUGGCAAACCACAAGGUCGUGACUGAUUCUUUCAGAUCUAUCUACACGGUCAACUCGGGAAUUUCCUCUGGCUCAGCGGUUGCUGUUGGACGCUACCCUGAAGACAGCUACUAUAAUGGUAAUCCCUGGUACCUUUGCACUCUCGCAGCCGCAGAACAGCUUUACGAUGCCCUGUACACGUGGAAUCGACUCGGGAGCCUGGAGGUUACGAGCGUCUCUCUUGCCUUCUUUGAAGCAAUCUAUAGCAGUGCUGCGACGGGAACUUAUUCCUCGUCAAGUUCAACAUACUCAUCUAUUGUCAGCGCCGUGAAAACAUAUGCGGAUGGCUAUAUGAGCGUUGUGGAAAAAUAUGCUGCAUCAAAUGGCUCGCUCUCGGAACAGUACGAUCGCUCGACUGGGGCUGCACUCUCAGCUCGUGAUUUAACGUGGAGCUACGCGGCUUUACUGACAGCUAACAUGCGGAGGAACUCAGUCGUUCCCGCACCAUGGGGUGAGACCUCAGCAAGCAGCGUGCCAGCAACCUGCGUUUCUACAAGCGCUACUGGCACUUACUCUAGCGCAACUAACACUGCAUGGCCCACCACGCUGACCAGCGCAUCCGGCUCUGUGACAACGACUGCAACUGGAAGUGGAACUACAACAACUGGCAGUGCGACCACGACUAAAACCACCACAAGCACAUCAAGCACUUCCACCUGCUCGCUCCCUACAAGUGUGGCCGUGACAUUUGAUCUGAUAGCCACGACAUACUACGGAGAAAACAUCGAGAUCUCUGGCUCUGUUUCGGAGCUUGGCUCAUGGGACACGGAUGAUGCGAUCGCUCUGAGUGCAGCCGACUACACUUCCUCUGAUAACUUGUGGUUUGUUACGGUCGACUUCACUCCUGGAGAAGUAUUCCAAUAUAAAUUCAUCCGAAUCGAAUCCGACGAGACAUUGGAAUGGGAGAGCGAUCCUAAUCGAAGUUAUACCGUGCCGGCAGCCUGUCAAACGACUGCUGUGACUGUUAGCGACACCUGGAGAUAA